AUGAGUUUCGCAAAAAGAAAUGUUCUCAAUAGUUUUCCAUUACGGGCAGAGAACACGAACUCGUUCACUUCAGGUACCGGCAGCACUGACCGAUUUAUCUGUUGGACUGUUGCUGUAUCGCUGACUUCAAAUCUCAGAUUCGCUUCCCUUUUCCUUCUACACCUCGCCUUGGAAUCCUCCAUCCACCAAAAUGAAGAUCUCGACCGUGUUCCUCGUCUAAGACGUUGUCGCCGAUGUGGUCAAACGGGGAUGUACAACCGGAGAUCUCCGGUUCGACCGCACCAGACUGUUCCGGAGAAAUGCAAGCUUUAA